CGUGAAACUCUAGGUGCUGUGGGGACAUACAAAGGAUGAGAAGAGUGAGCCCUGGGGAGUCAAAGGAAUUCUUGAGCGGGGCCUUGGAGGAAGGGUAAAUUUGAACAGGCAGAGAAGGGAGGGCUUUCCAGAAGGGGUUGCAGCAUGAGGAAAAGAAGAAAGAAGUCAGGGGUUUUUGUAGACGCUACAAUUAAAGGAGAGGCACCUAGUUUGGUCUUUUUCCUCAGGUCAUGCUCCUGACCUUAUAGGAUCCAGAAUGUGAAGAUUAAAAGAAAAUGGACCACUGUAGAAGCUCAGUAAGGGCAGGAAUUUGAGCUAUUUUUGUCAACAGUGUACUCUCAGAGCUUGGACAUAGUAAGCCAACGAUGACUGCUUGUUGAAUAACUAACAUGAUCAAAAGUAAAGAAUAUGAUUAGCUUCCAUUAACUGACCACUUACUAUGUGCCAGACACUAUGCUAAGCUCUUUUGAAAAAAUUUUUAUUUUAUAUUGGAGUAGAGUCGAUUUACAAUUUUGUGUUAGUUUCAGGUGUACAGCAAAGUGAUUCAGUUAUACAUACACAUGUAUCUAUUCUUUUUCAGAUUCUUUUCCCAUAUAGGUUAUUACAGAAUAUUAAGUAGAGUUCCCUGUGCUAUAGAGUAGGUCCUUGUUGAUUAUCUAUUUCAUAUAUAGUAGUGUGUCUAUGUUAAUCCCAACCUCCUAAUUUAUCCCUCCCUUGCCCCACCUUUCCCCUCUGGUAACCAUAAGUUUGUUUUUAAUGUCUGUGAGUCUGCUUCUGUUUUGUAAAUAAGUUCAUUUGUAUCAUUUUUUUAGAUUCCAUAUAUAAGUGAUAUCAUAUGGUAUUUGUCUUUCUCCGUCUGACCUUCUUCACAGUAUGAUAAUCUCUAGGUCCAUCCAUGAUGCUGGAAAUGGCAUUAUUUCAUUCUUUUUUAUGGCUGAGUAAUAUUCCAUUGUAUAAAUAUACCACAUCUUCUUUAUCCAUUUAUCUGUCGAUGGACAUUUAGGUUGCUUCCAUGUCCUGGCUAUUGUAAAUAGUGCUACAGUGAACAUUGGGGUGCGUGUAUCUUUUUGAAUUAUGGUUUUCUUCAGAUAUAUGCCCAGGAGUGGGAUUGCUGGGUCAUAUGGUAGUUCUAUAUGUAGUUUUUUAAGGAACCUUCACACUAUUCUCCAUAGUGAUUGUACCAAUUUACAUUCCCACCAACAGUGCAGGAGGAUUCCAUUUCCUCCACCAUUUAUUUGUAGACUUUUUGAUGAUGACCAUUCUGACUGGUGUGAGGUGAUACCUUAUUGCUGUUUUGCUUUGCAUUUCUCUAAUAAUUAGUGAUGUUGAACAUCUUUUCAUGUGCUUUUGGGCCAUCUGUAUGUCUUCUUUGGAGAAAUGUCUACUUAGAUCUUCUGCCCAUUUUUUGAUUGGGUUGUUUGUUUUUUUUGAUAUUGAGCUGCAUGAGCUGUUUGUAUAUUUUGGAGAUUAAUCCCUUGUUGGUCGCAUAGUUUGCAAAUAUUUUCUCCCAUUCUGUAAGUUGUCUUUUCAUUUUGGUUAUGGUUUCCUUUGCUGUGCAAAAGCUUUUAAGUUUAAUUUGGUCCCAUUUGUUUAUUUUUGUUUUUAUUUUCAUUACUCUAGGAGGUGGAUCCAAAAAGAUACUGCUGUGGUUUAUGUCAGAGAGUAUUUUGCCCAUGUCUUCCUCUAAGAGUUUUACAGUGUCUGGUCUUACAUUUAGGUCUUUAAUCCAUUUUGAGUUUAGUUUUGUGUAUGGUGUUAGAGAAUGUUCUAAUUUCAUUCUUCUACAUGUAGCUGUCCAUAUGCCAAGCUCUUUACAUAAAUAAUUCCAUGAGACACUUACAUUGAUGAUAUGAAGCAGAUUUUCUUAUUUUUCAAAUUAGGUCCAGCCUAUGGCAAAAUGGUUACAUGAAUGAUUUUUAUCUUUGGGACUCCUUAACCCUUUCCCAAAGGGCACAGAAUCCAAUACUUAUGAUUAUUCUUCCCACUGUCCAAACUCUCUUCCAGCCUCCCCAAGCCCGGUGGUGUCAGUACCAUUGGAAUAAACUGGUCCUACUACUGACCAGCAACUGAUGUGCUACCAGGAGAGUCCCAGAUGGACCUCUGGGUAACCUGGGCCCAUGUGUAUGUAAGUACUUGCUCAAUUUUGAUGAGUGAGUCUGGAGGUGACAAUCACUGUUAUCCUUGGGUUUCUUACCUACAGGGAACCCUCGUGUUGUGGUAGAAAUUUCAAACUAGAAAAGAAGGAAAGGGUUUCUGCUUCCACCCCUAACCCAUGUGGGAAGAGAACUCUGGAUCCCUUUUGACAGGACUGCCUCUUUCUGGAUAUUAGGAUGGUGUGCCAGACAUAGACAUGUAUUGCUCAGAUUCCCUCUUCACGAAAGGGCUCAUUGUGCAGCCUUGAGGAGUGUGGUUGGCUCACAGCCACCACUGUUAACUGGUUCAGAUCGGCCUCAACUCCUGAGCUGAGGUAGUGGUCUUCUUGGGGUGGCCUCAUCCACUGACUGUACAAGACUGUGGUACAAGGUCCCAUCCAUUUCUGCCUAACACGGGACUCUUCUCACAUGCUCAGAGAUCCCUGCUGGGCUGACAGAGACUGUCAGAUCUGUGUCAUGGUCUGGCAACUCCCCUUCCCUAAUCCCAUUUCCUCCUUUUUCCUUUCACAAGUGUUACUCCCAGUAAGCCUUUUAUACUCCUAAAUCUGUCUCGGGAUCUGUUUUCCGAAGGACCCAGAUGACACAGAUGGGAUGCUGUUAGCUCCAAGCAACCUUUCAUCAGUGAAGAGAAUGGAUAUUUUAGAACUGGAUUUGAGCCAAUACCAGCAGAAUAUAAUCACCCCGGGUGCCAGGGACCAAGGAGUACUUCAUGUGGCACAUGAAUCAAAUAAGCUCUAUUCCUUGGUAUUCUUCUCGGCACUGACUGUGUCUUGCUAUUAUAUAAGGUGGCUUGAAGGUUCCUACUGGCUUUCUCAAUGAGUGAUUUGUUCAGUUAAUUAAGAGUGUGACUAAAGACAAGGUCACUAAGUCCGUUUCCAGUCAGCUGUUAGUUUCAAUCAAGUUGCCUGUUAUAAAUGGAUUGUCGUCUGGUCAUAUGUGGACUCCAUAAGCCCUUGACCCAUGCUGAGUCAUGACUUAGGCUAGUUGUUUCUCAGCCUCCUGGCAGACUGUCACCCUUCCUGUGGGUCACUUAUAAAAUGCUCUGUGCAGUAUUUUGGUUUGGGGCAAGGAAGUCUUAAUGUGGUUGGUGACCAGCUACUUAACUUCCGGCCACACAUGGGAGGGCAUAGUUUUUGCUUUUUUGGUACGGAAGCAUCUCCUAAUUCCUUAUUAGAAGAGCAAUACUCCUCAAAUUAUCCAUUCAUUCAUCAAAUAUUUUUGGACCAAGAGAGAGUUGCUACUUGCCCUUCCCUUGAUCAGGCUCACAGCUACAUCCCUAGCGUCACAUUUUAGGGAAAUCUACAUGCAGCUUCUUCAGUAAUAACUACCAGCCAGACACACCUGAGGGUCUAAAGCAGUACUUAUUCCUCUUCCAUCUGUCCUUCAUGCUGAAGACAUCAAGCCUCAACCUGUGUCGUGGAGUCAAUAAUUAUAGGGGCUCUGGGAUCAGAUAGUCUUGGGUUCAGAUAUGGGUUCUCCCACUUCCUGGAGGAAAGGUGGUGCCUUGUGGACAAAAAACUGGACCCAGAACAGAUAUAAAAACAGAGGCCCUGGGGAGAGGAGCCGCCGUCAGGGAAAGACUCACUCCCAGUGACUGCAGAGAAGACAGCGCUGUCCCCUGCCGAGAUGAAGCUGCUGUUGCUCUGUCCGGGGCUGACUCUAGUCUGUGCCCACAAGGAAGGAAACCCUGGUGUUGUGAGAAGCAACUUCGAUAUUUCAAAGAUUUCAGGGGAGUGAGAUUCCAUUCUCUUGGCCUCAGACACUGAAGAAAAGAUAGAAGAAAAUGGUAGCAUGAGAGUUUUUGUGGAGCACAUCCAUGCCUUGGAAAAAUUUUCUUUGUUCUUUAAAUUUCAUACAAAGGUAAGUGGAGCAUGUACUGAAAUGUCUUUGCUUUCUGACAAAGCAGGAGAGGAUGGUGUACAUAGUGUUACCUAUGAUGAAGACAAUAAAUUUCGCAUACUUCAAACAAACUAUACUGAAUAUAUUAUUUUUUGUCUCAUGAAUGUCAACAACAAUGAAUCAUUCCAACUGCUGGAGCUCUACGAUCACUGUCUCCAGGCCCGAGGGAGUGGAGUGGCCCAGGCCUCCAGUUCAAUCCGAGAAGCACCUAAUGAGUCUCGUUGUUCUUGUUCUCGUCGGCUUAUUUAGCACUGGGUGAGUGCCACCUCACUUGGGCUCCAGGAUCUUCUCUUCCAUGGUCCCCACAUCAUCUUGCGACAAGUUCUGUGACCCGAUUUCCAUCACUAUCGCACGUGAAGGCAUCAGCUCUGCAUCUUCAGGAUCUCCCCUAAUUAUCUAGGAAGACUCAUCAGCUCACCACAAAGCAAAGUUUCCUGCAAAUUUCUAACUCUCUUUGCCAUAUUCAGCACAACAGUACCAUGAAUAAGACCUUCCUCUACCUGGUCAAUAAAUGAUUCACCUUCCAGUCA